UUCAGCUCAGCAAGGAACAAUGGAACUUCCCCGGGACCUGUCCACUGUCUCCUCCUGUGUUGCUGUGCUCCUAGCUGUCCUGCGAAGCACUUCCACCCUAGUGGAAAGGUAUGCCCGGAGUAAGAGGAGGUGUCGCGGCAGGAUCAGGAGUCUCUGGGCCUUGCUGAACCGGUUGCAGAGUGACCCCCUGCUUCUUGGUCAGGGGCCCCGACAAGUCACCCACCUGAGGAGAAUGGCAAUGGGUGCUGUGCUGGGCUCAGCCCCAACCCCCAGGCACCAGUGGGUCUACCCUAUCAGCACCAACUGGUGGAAGGACCUCCUCAUGGGGGAAUGGGGAGAUGAGAAGUGGCUGGAGAACUUCAGGAUGACAAAGAAGACACUCUUUGACAUUGCUGAUCUUCUCCGACCGACACUCCAGCGUCAGCUGACUGUUAUGCGACAGCCGAUCUCUGUGGAGAAGCGAGUAGCCAUUGCUGUGUGGUGGCUGGCAACCAUGGCUUCCUACCGGGAGGUUGCCCACCAUUUUGGUGUUGGAAGAUCAACAGUGGGUGCCAUUGUUCUUGAGGUGUGCUUUGCAAUAGAGCAUGUUCUUCUAAAGGAUGUCAUUUGUUUGGGGGAAUACCAGAAGAUCAUGGAUGGCUUUGGACAGAUGGGCUUUCCACAUUGUGUUGGAGCCAUAGAUGACUGCCACGUACCAAUUUGUGCCCCCACUGGACAGGGAUAUGAAUACACAAGCCACAAGGAAAUGUUAUCGUUCUUCCUUCAAGGAACUGUGGAUCAUUCUGGUCGCUUCACAAACAUUGAAGUGGGCUGGAGUGGUAAGAACCAUGAAGACUUCACCUUUGGUAUGUCCUCCAUCUGUGAGGCGAUGGACUCGGGUGCUUUUGUGCCAUCAAAUCCAACCAUUACGCUGGGUGGGGUGCUUAUUCCCCCACUCAUAUUGGCAGAUGAAGCUUACCCAAUGCGUGCCUGGCUUAUGAAACCUUUUGAAGGCCAUCUAGACCGGAGGAAGCUAACUUUCAACUGCGUCUUCAAUCACUGCCGUGUGGUUGUGGAGCAUGCAUUUGCAAGGCUGAAGGCCCGCUGGCGGUGCUUGACAGCACGGUUGCCAGUUGCAGAGGAAAACGUAGCCUCGGUGAUUAGCGCCUGUGCUGUUCUGCACAAUAUUUGUGAAGCACGAGGGCACGUCCUCAGCUGCAGCCUUCUAGCACAGGAGUACCUUGUCAUUCCACAUCGAAAAAUUGUUGUUGAACCAAAGGAUGAUCAGAACCUACUGGAAGGGAAGCGUGUCCGGGAUGCAAUUGCUGAUUUCCUGCUUGAGGUUCAUUGACACAGCAUUUCAGUCUACUGAAGCUUGCCUGAGGUCACCGAGGCAGCUAACAAAAUGUCUGUUCCUGUGGAUGGACUCCUCUUCUCCCAUUUCUUUGUGUGAGGACUGAGUGUUGGGGGAGAAGAAGAGCAACCGCUGCUGAGUAGACCUCAGCAGAAGUUUCUCAGUCACUUUAUUGGACAGCUUCCACAGGAGCCCAGCAACCAAGAGCAGACCAUGCUGCAAACGUGCCAGAUUGGCAGGGCUGUAUUUCUGCAUACAACGUGUGGAUGUUGAUGGGGGAGAAGAGCUGGUUAGGCUUAGUGGGAAGCAGAAGACAUAGGAGGAAGAGUGUUGCGUGUGAGGCAGCCUUUUUUCCUUGACAAGGUGAAAGGAGCUCUGGGCUGCUGCAAAAGAGCCUUAAUGGGAGAGGAGGAGGCGUGAGUGUUUAUUCCUAAAAUCCUAACCACAAUGACGAUAAAAUAACAAAGCCGACAUUGUGAUGUCACAAAAGGCAAGCUCCACCCCUUCGCACUUGUAUCACAGCACGUUUCUUGACUUGCUCCCUCUUGCCCUCGAGAAGGUACCUACGAUAGGAGGGCUAACUAAAAUUAAUAUCAUCUCAGUAUGUAUUAGAGAGCCAAUCUGGUGUAGUGGUUAAGGCACCAGGUUAGAAACCGGGAGAGUCUGAGUUCCAGUCCUGCCUUAGG